UAUGGCGGGUUUGGGUGGAAGCAGGCCCAUUUGGCAAUCUGGACCCAGCUAGGCGAUAAGAACGUUUUGUAAGGGCGGCAAACAGGAGGUUUGUGAGAGAGAAAGGGGAAGGGUAAGAGAGAUGUUGGCAGUUGUGCCACGGAGGUUAUCAUGGGGGCUCCCUCAUUUGCUGAGCACACGGAAGCAGAAACCUCCAACGUUCCGAAACUUCUCGGGUAAUGCUGCCGGAAACCGCUGUUUGGGCAAGUUUGAACUGAACCCUUCAACUUCCAACGACUUGGUUUCGGUUUCUGUGCCCAAACACUCUCCUCUCUCUGGAUUGGAGGAUCUACUUUUGAGCUUUAUCUCGGGCAAGAAGAAGGCCACAGAAGUUGCUCACUCGGUUUGGAAACGUGUGGUCCAAAAAGGAGAUACGGUAAUUGACGCCACUUGUGGCAAUGGCCAUGAUACCUUAGCAAUGCUCAAGAUGGUAGCUGAUGAAUCGGGUAAGGGUUCAGUUUAUGGAAUGGAUAUUCAGGAAGUUGCUUUACAGAAAACUUCUUCUUUGCUGGAAGAGUCGGUCAGUCCAAAAGAGAAAGAACUUGUUAAGCUCUUCUCCAAAUGUCACAGUAAAAUGCGUGAAGUUCUUCCGCAGGAUACAUGUGUUAGGCUUGUUGCUUUCAACCUAGGCUAUCUUCUUGGUGGCGACAAAACAAUAAUCACUGAAUCAGGAACAACACUGAAAGCACUGGAAGUUGCAAAAGAUAUCCUGCUGCCGGGAGGGCUUAUCAGCUUAGUGGUUUAUGUGGGGCAUCCUGGUGGAUGGGAAGAACUGCAGAUGGUACAACACUUUGUUUCUAAACUAUCCGUUGAGAAAUGGAUCUGCUGUGAGUAUCAGUCAUCAAACCGAUCAUGGUCUCCAAUACUUGUUUUCUUAUUCAAAAGAUGCUGAACCGCCAGGGGCUUGGAAAUCUAUUAUUCUAUGAUAAUAUUAUUGCAAGAAAACAAGCGGUUUCAAUAGCAAGAGGUCAAGGAAGUCAUUGCAACACAAUUUCUAGAACUUCAUCAUUGUCUUUAAAGGAUCUUUUGCGGAGGGAAAUUUAGCCUAGAAGUAUACCAAAAUUUGGGAGAUUAUUUAGUUUGCAAAGUUGGCUCACUCAAGGAUGUAUAUACCUGUCUAACAAUAUCUUUCAAUCAAGUACUCAGUGAAGUACUUAAUUAUUUGUUACUUUAAGGUAAAUAUAUUUUUAGCCAUCAGAUAGAUUUUUGUA